AUGCUAGGUGGUGGGGAGAAAAUCUUUAUGGCUCUGGCAAGUGGUGAAUUUCUGUUGGGCAUUGUGGUAAAUGGAUUCCUUACUUUGGUGAAUUGCAUUGAUAGGGUCAAGAGGAAAAAACUUCUACCAAGUGAUCUCAUCCUGGUCAGUUUGGCCAUCUCCAGAAUUGGACAGUCCUGUACUAUAGUAUGGGAUAGCUAUUUAAUUGUUACCUUUAUUAAUGUACCCACCCAAGUAAGAAUGAUUGAUAUCUUCUUGGUACUGACUCAUGGUUCAAAUAUUUGGUUUGUCACUAUCCUCAGCAUCUUCUUCUUCCUGAAGAUCACCAACUUAUCUAAUCCCUUCUUCCACUGGAUGAAAAGGAGAAUUGACAGGAUGGUCUUCAUGCUUCUUACGGGGCCCUUGAUUAUCUAUUUAUCCAUUGCCUUCCCAAUGAUGCAGACAAUGUAUUUUUACUAUAGUGGCCUCUUUAGUAGAGGAAAGGAGAGAAAUGUGUCUGAGGAGGUUCAUGUGAGUAAUAGUAUCUUCUUCAUGUUGCAGGUUCUCUUUGGCCUUCUGAGUCUUAUUCCUUUUACCCUGUCUACUUUCUCCUUCUCCCUAUUCAUUCUCUCCCUGUGGAAGCAUACCCAACGGAUGCAACUCAAUGCCACAGGUCACAGAGACCCUAGCACAGAAGCACAUGUUUGAGCCAUGAAAGCUGCAUCUUCCUUCCUGAUUCUCUUUUUGUUGUACUAUAUGGGUUUCUUUGUCAGCUAUGGGAGCAACUCAAAGGAAAAUAAUAAGCUGACUUCCAUGUUGGGUAUGUCAAUCAUGUUGCUCUAUCCUUUUGGCCACUCAGUGAUCCUAAUUCUGUGGAAGAGAAAGCUGAGAAAGGCUGCCUUGAGGGUGUCAUGGCUGAUGAGUUGCUGCCAGAGAGGAUGUCAUCUAGAAGCCCUUUGGGCACCUCUGAGGAUCAUCUGGCAUUUUCUAGGAAGAAAGAAGUCACAUUGA